AUGGAAUCUCGGUCUAAGCUGGAAGUCUUGUAUCGAAACCCUCAAUACACUGAACAGUACCUUGUCGAACAAUGGAAUCGUCAAAGGGAAUGCCAGUUACAGGAACUUACAGUAGAUAACUCGGCAGCUUUGACCACAAAGCUAGAUAAGCUAGUUGGAUAUGAAGAACGACUCCGAGAAGCCGAGUACCCGAGUUCAACAAAAAAUGAAGAAGAUUACAAUAACCCAGAUCUAAUUGAAAAUCGCUGGAUGAUGCAAGUGGUUGGAUCACUAUCAGCGGAAGAAGAGAGGGCACUUCACAUUCAAUGGUCUGACCUGGUAAUAAGAGCACGACAGGUUUGGCAAACCGUUGCUCAAGCUCCAAUUCUUGAAGCAGAGCCUUUGGACGAUGCGGAGAUGGAGGAGGAGCAAAUUGUUGGUGAAGACAAUAAUUAUAUUGAUUUCAACAUUGAGGAUGAUUUGUAUGAUUUGGAAGAUUUGGAAUGA